AAUUAAACGGUCUACUUUUGAUUGUGUCGUUCUUCACUGCUUUUUAGAAGUGAACAUAAAUUUUACUUCAUAGGGAGGAAGUUGUCACAAUGAAAAUAUUUGUCUUUUGAAAUGUAUGUAAUUAGGUAUUCCAAUUAAUUUUUACAGAUAAUUUGUUUUUUUUAAGUUGGGUAUCGUUUUAACUCAAAUAUGCCUAAACUUCUACGUAAAGAAAUGACUUGUAUGCACGCAAUUAAGAGAACUAUUAAAAAAAGAAAAAAGUGUAAUCUCAAAGCCACAGUGAAAAAGAUGAUGGUAAUGAUGAACCCUGCUCAAGAACAGCCAUCCACUUCAUCAAAUCCGAAUCCCAAUACUCACAAUUUGGAUGAUUUUCUCUUGAGUGGUCGUACAGGUCGAAGGAAUGCCUUGCCUGACAUUCUCAGUGAUCAUUCUCUAGUAAAAAGCUCUGAAUUGCCCACACAAUUAGAAGGCCUAACAACAAAAGACAAUGAGUUUGAUCCAAACAAUCCAAGUACAAGUAAACAAGCUGACAAUGAACGAUAAUUUUUUUAUGGUUAUGACAAUAUACUUUAACCCAAACAUAUAUAUUUAGGAAUUUUGUUGUCCAGCUGUCUAAUGGAAAACGUAAAAGAUGGUCAAUGUCUAGAUGUGAUAGGGUCAUAAACACCAAGUAACAUUCUCAUCGAAAAAUGAAUUUAGCCGAUUUUUUUAUCACUUACCCGUUCCAAUUUUUUGUUUAUCUUUAUUGCUGAAACAGUGCGAUAUCCUGAGAAUAUCGAUGUUUUUAUUAAUAAUUUCAUGUUUCGUUGGGGAUGACGUAUUUUGAAUGAUGUGAUAGAAAUAGUUAUUAUCUUUUUUUGUUCCUCUUUCUUAUUAGAACAUAUUAAAUGUGAUUAACCAUAUCCAGUGUUUUGUGAUAUAAUUAGAUUCUACUCAAAUGCCGAAUCUCAGUGAGCUGCUUAUUUAUUUAAUUUAUAUUUAUUAAUUUCUUUAUUAACUUAUUUACAGCAAUUUUUGAGUGAAUUGAGGUUUAUUCAGGUGUUUUUCAAGUAAUGUAAGCCUAUUCGAUGGAGAAAAUAUUUUUUCUACAUGGCUCAUAUUUUUCAUUGUUUAAUUUGUUUUAUAUUUAUUAUUAGGUAGAGACAAUUUACUAUACAUGUUAUACCUGUGUGAAAUCUAUUUCCAUAUAAAAUUUAAAAAGUAAACGAAAUCUCUCGUGUUAUUUAUGAUGAAAUAGAUAUUUUCUUGAUAUAGUUAUUCUUGAAAAUUAUUCUGUUUGAUUUCGUUAUUUGUACGAAUAAAUCUUUUCAUCAGUUAGUAAUGUGAAAAUUGAUAAAACACAAUUUUUUUUUAUGUGAUAUCUGUUUAGAUUUAUGCCUAAUAAAUUUAAUUUAGUUAUUGUCACGAUAUUUCUGUGUUCAUAUUAUGUAAUAUUAGAAUUAUUCACUCACGUUGUGAGUAAAAUGGAGAAGGAAUUAGCUAUCUGAAUGCUUUAUUAUAGUUAAGUUUAUUAUUGAUCUCUAGUUCCUUUGUCUCUUUAAAAAAAAAUUUGGCCUAAAAAAAUGAAACGAUAUGAUUAUUGCUGAUUCUGUCCUGAAAAAGUCAACAAAUACUCUUUUCAUCUGUUGCAACCUAAUGUGUUACUGCACCUAGUCAAUUUUGUAAAAAACAAAAACUAAAAUUGUCAAUGAAUAUUUUAUUUUGUCGAGUACCACAAUAAAUACAAAGGAUAUUGCA